UUAAUAUUUGUCGGCGCAGGGCUCUGUCCCUCGGUCUUUGAAAAACUUUAAUUAUCGUGUUUUUAUAAAAUUUUAAUAAAUUAAUUAAACAAAAAAAUAGAUCUGCCAACAAAAUGUCAAAUAUACAACAAAUUGAACAUACAUUUAAAGAAAACUGCUGUGAAUUAACACUAAAUCUUAAGAAAUCUCCAGAAAGUCAUGCCGGUUUUCAUUGUGGUCCUGGCAGACAUGUGCAAAAUAUCAGAAAUUGUGAUUUAUUUAUAGAAGACUAUAAUUUAUUAAUCUAUUUAGAUGUACAAUUAUACAAAUUCAGAAGUACACGGCGUUUUGAUAUGAAAGAUAUAAAAAAUGUUGAAAUUAACUACAAUACCAAAGAACAAUGCAUGUUUCUAUCCUUACCCUGUCUGCCAGUCAAUGAAGGAGAUCUUCAGGAUUCAACUGAAAAGUCUACAGAAGAGAAAAAAUCUAAAGAAAAUAAAAAAUCUUUGGAUUUAUGGAAACUAAAAAGAAUUACUGAUCAGUGCUACAUACGGGUGGAUAAUGCCAAAGAGUUGCUUAAGCCGGAAAGUAAUUUUGAUUAUGGGUUUGCUAGUAAAUUCCGCGGCACCAUAAGACGGUUUGAUUGUGAUUUGGAGGUAAUUACACGCAUGCCGGAACCCGAUAGCGUCAGUCCAUUACAACGAACAAUUGAUAGAGAAAUUGAUGAAAUGAAGAAUUUUUCUAGAGAUCAGUACAAAUUGAAUUUUGUGGAAUUACAAGUACCAGAUGGUCUCGAUAAUCCCAUGCAAUUUAGUAUCAAUUUUAAAGAUUCUACUUUAUCACAAGAUGAACAAUGUUUAUUGCACAAUUUAACUUGUAAACCAGAACUUAUGGAAAUGCCAGAUGAGUAUGAUAUAAUGGAAAUAGAUUGCGGUCUUAUUAGCAUUUUGUUGGGCAUUUGUUAUGAUGUAAGAUUUACUUCCAAUGAAACUAACUGUGAAUCAGCAUGGACUCGUAGUGUACUCUCAGCUACUCUAACAUAUUUCGAACCUUUUACCUCUUUAAAAGAUGUAGUCAUUAGUUUUAUGAGACGUUCCUUGAUUUAUCCCUUAUAUCGUAACUACGAAUUAAGUAAACAAUGUGUUGAGGAUUGUAUAACAGCCUUACAAGCGAACUCUGCCUGGAUUUUAAAACAAUUACUUAUGAACCGCGAAAUAUUCGAAACAAAUGAACGUUCAGUUUUCAAUUAUUAUUAUAUAGAUGAUUAUAUACGUUAUUUAAGUAACCCAACCUUGUGCAGUGUCAAUCAUUUACAAAUGUUGGCUCAUAAUUUGAAAAAUGUGCUCUACGAUAUAUUCAAAAAACAUUUAGGUUUGGGUUUACAAGAACUAGAAACAGAGUUGCUGAAGGAAUUAAUAACUGAUAUACAUAUUGCUGCCUCCAAUAGUGAGGAUGAUUCUGAAGAUCCUGAUUGUGAUGAUGAGGAUGAAGAUGAUAGUGAUGAUGAAGAUGAGACCACGGAUGAUGUGGGUACUGAAAGUUGUGAAUCUGAAUUUUGUAAUUUGCCUAACAAGCAGAGUGAUAGUAGCAGUAGCAGCAGUGAUACUGAAGAGGAUAGUGUGAUAGAACAAAAAAUGGAUAAUUUAAAGUUCUUCUUUAUUUGGACUGUUUCCACUUUGGCCACGUUUCAACUUGAGCAGAGUUUUUGUAUUGUUAAAAGAGAAAGAGUAAAAAAAAAAACACCACUAAUACUUACUAACACUUUACCUUAAGUUAAACCAACUCCU